UUACAAAGAGGCUGCACAGCUCAUUAUCAUUUGACUGUCAGUCACUGAGUCUGUUCCAAUUUAGAACAAGUUUUAAAACGUUUGUUUAUUCAGCCGUGGAAACCCUCAUAGCAGUUCAAUUGUGCCAUAUAUUUGUGACAAGGUCUCCAGUUUAGGCUUCAAAUAAAUGUUAACAGCAAACUGUGCCAUCAACAACUGGAUGUCAUGUGCCGUUUACCUUUUCCCGAUCUCUACUUUACCAGACAUGUGAUAAACUAUGUCCAAUUAUCCCGGCUACCCACCAUCAUUUAGCUCAUGGAACUCGUUCACGCCUUCUAACCAGAACUCCUUCCCAGCGGGAAAUUUGUACCUUCCUGGAAGUUAUUUACCAGCAGUUGUUCGAUCUUCUCUGCUCGAUCCCCUGUCAGCCAUUCCACUGGGAUUCCAUUCUCAUCCAACGUCAAGGUAUCUUCCGCAGAAUUCAGACAUACCAGCACUUGGUCUUGAGCCACUUUAUGGAUUUGGACCCUAUGAACCCAGAAAUCUUCUUCAUAGUCCCAAUUUUCAUCUUUCUCAAAAUCCAUCCCCAUUGACAUUUGACCAGAUCUAUCGAUCUGGAGCCAGUUCUGUUUCGCCGGUUUCCAAUCAUAGAAGCCAGUUAGAUGAGCGUUCUUUUGCUACAAGGUUAAAUAUACCUGGACAUAUAAGUGAGCCCUUGAGACCUGAGUUUCCAUGGCACAAGAAGUCAAAUUUUGAUGACGGAAAACAUUGCCGUACUGACAUUGGAAAACAGGACUUCAGAAUUUGGAAGCCCUUUGAAAGAUCUGUCAGUGAGGUAAAUGAAGAAUAUAAAGAGCUUUCCAGACCAAAGGCAAAGGGGUCCUUUACCAUAGACUCUUUAACUGAAAAAAAUAUAACUUUUGAAAGCAGUGAGCAAACAGCAACAAAAGUCGAUGCAAAUGGAAAUUUUGAAAAGCAUUCUGUGGAAACCUCAAAAUCAGUUUCAGAAAAACCUGCAUAUCCAAUAAGACCAAUCCCAGUGAUCAGUUCAGGGUGCUCAUUUACUGGGAAAGAAAUUAAGCACAGUUUGCCUAAAAAUUAUCUUUUCUCAAAGGAAAAUUCCUUUUUAGUACAAGAUCAAAGUUUAAAGUCUAGUACAAUUUUGACAAAUGUUUUAAGAGCUGACACAGUAUACCCACAGAUAAAUGAAGUAAAUAAGCCUUCAGCAAAAGCCUAUCUAAAAAUUGAGCAGGAAAAUCCAGUUGUUACAAACACUUUCUGUGAUAACCCAACAACAAAUAAUGAUUGCGCUGUUAAUGCUGAUGAUGAAGCCCAUUCAAUAGCUGUAGCUAAAUCUGAUGUUGAAAAUAUAAAUAAUCAAAGUAAUACAGUUUCAGAAGCAGUUAAAAAUUGCCUGCCAAGUUUGAAAAUUGAAAUACCUUCAAGUGGUAAGAAAGUUUUGAAAACUCCAGAACUUAUUUCACCAACAAACUCAUUUUCACCAACGAAAGGAAAGCAUAAUAAAAAAGAUGAACUCCAAUUACUGAGCAAUCAAGUGAAUGAAGUUAGAAGCAGACGAUUAAGCAAAGAGUUUAAAGAAGUUCUAUCACCAACUCUUUUAUCUCCCAAGGUGAAGGAAAGUGGAACUGUCGCUCAAUCGAACGUAAGUGAACAGCAAAGUGAGCAAACAGUUUCAGAGGACGCAAGAGUGCAAUAUUCAUCAGAGAACAAAAAAGGACAGAAUUCACAGUGUUCAAAGGUGAAAGAAAGACGGUUGUCUGCUCCAUUGUUGCGCCGCUGUAGGCCAGCAUUUCCCAGCAGACCAAGAAUGUCUUCAACAGAUGGUUCCAUAAGUGUAUUGAAAAACAUGGAGGACUCGCUGGGUGCUUCCGUCUCGAGCUCACACCUCUCAGAAUCUGACUCGGAUACUCAAAUGUCUAAUGCAGACAGUGCUAGUAAAAUGUUCCCCGAAUCUCAUCAGUCUCAUAAUACUCAAGCAGGGUUUUCACACGAGCAUAAUAUGACUGGAAACCAUGGCUACAUGUCUCAGUAUGGAAUGAACCAUGACAAUCACUUUUACAAGGACAGUGCUUCUCAGUUGUGCCAAAGUCAAACCGAUAAUCAAAAACAGUACCAGUGUGUUCCUGGACCUCCGUUUAGUGAAAAACACGAACCAUUGCCCCCAUAUCACUGCUAUGGGGCCAACCAGAGCCCUAGUAUUCUUCCCCGUGAACCGAGCUACCAUACUCAAGAAGAAAAUUCUAAUUUUCCUCCAACAACAGUUGAUCCAUUGAUUAACUAUGAUGAAAACUCUGUUAUGUCAGACUCUAGUCAGUUGCCCUCUGUAGCAAGGUGUGAUUCUGAACCCAAUCUGCUAGCAUCUCUAGGCACUAGUAUGGUCACCUGUAAGAAUGGUGCAAUGCAGCCCAUGGCGUCCAUGCCUCACCAGGACCAAUGUGGUAUUGCAGACGAGGGUCAGUGGGAUUUUCUGCACUCUAAACAAUACAUCGAGAACAUUUAUGGGAGCCAAAUUAGCUGUGCAUCGGUUAAGAGUGAAUCAGAUGAAAUUCGCGAGUCAGAUUCACCCAAGACUUUUAUUGACCUGGAUAAGACAACAAAGGAGAAGAAGGCGCAGGAACAUUGCAAGGAUAAUAUGCGAGACGGAUCGAAACCAUAUGGGAAAGGUAUUAUGCGUCAGGGCAGUCCUUUAGUGCAUAGAAGUAGUAACCAGGGAAAUAGUUACGGGAACCAAAUGUUUGACAACUAUAACCAUAUGGCUGGAAACCGGUGGGGGAAUUUUAAUCGAGCAAGUGAUGGGAACAUGGGGGGCCAACCAAUGAGGCCAGGGGACCCAAACUAUCAGAACCAGUCGUACGAUCAGUACAGGGGUAAUUUUCCGCCAAACUACCCAAAUAUGGGUCCAAACCAAAAUGGAAAUGAGAAAUCCUUUAAUCAAUCGAGUUACCAUGGCAAUGAGUAUAAUCAAAGUGACUAUUACAAUCCAAGCCAUUCAAAGAAUUUACCAGGAAACCACGGUAGCUAUGGAAACCAAAGAUUUGAAAAUGGGUUUUAUCCAAAUAGAGGUGGCAGUGAAUUCAAUACUCAAGGGAACAUGUUUCCUCCUUCACCAGUGGAACAGCAAGGUUCAAGAUAUCCUAGUCAGGGUUAUAAUGGAGGUCAGGGAAAUUACAGCCAGCAUUAUUCACAACAGUCAGGACACUGUCCACCAGAUAGCCUGAACCAGUAUGGGGAGAUGCCAAACUACAUCCCUAGAAACGCUAGUCCGGCAAGCACCGGUUCAGACUUUGGUAGCAUGGACGCUCCAGGGGUGGUCCCAAAGAAAAAGCGAGGCCGUAAGCGAAAGGUUGACAAAGAGCCUCCAGAUGAAAACAAGCCUAGACCAAAUACUGUUGUCAUGGCCUCAACAAAGCUCGGUCCCUUGAUUGAUAUCGAUAACCCAGAGGCCACCAUCGAUACCUAUGACUUUGACAAUCAGAUCGAGACCAUAUUUAACUUCACCAUUGAGGAUGACCUGUCCCCUAUAGGUGCCCAGUUUCUGCAGAUAGAACAGCGACUGGUUCAAAAGAUGUUGCCAAUCAAAUACGGGUACCCUGUGACUGUCAUCUAUAGUCCUCUCACGUACGCUUUCCAGACGCAUAGAGACUUUGUAUCAAAGUACUGCACUACUGAAAGGACCCUUCUCUUUCUUGGAAUGAACCCUGGACCUUAUGGCGCGUCACAGAAUGGGGUUCCAUUUGGAGAAGCAGUGGUCACCAGAGAGUGGUUGAAAAUCGUGGGGGACGUAUACAAACCAGAGGUAGAGCAUCCAAAGAAGCCUGUGACGGGUCUGGCAUGUAAUCGAAAUGAGGUAAGCGGAGCACGGUUCUGGGGCUUGUUUCAAACAGUGUGCAAAGUCCCAGAAAACUUCUUUAAGAACGCUUUUGUGUACAAUUUCUGCCCUCUGGCCUACAUGUCAGAGUCAGGCAAGAACGUUACACCGCCACAGCUGGUACACUCCGAGCUCGAUCAGAUCAACGAGUGCUGUGAUGUGGCGCUAGUUGAACUCGUGAAGUUAAUGAAUGUCCGCACCAUCGUGGCCGUGGGUAAGUUUGUCCAACAGCGCGCGUCCAAGGCCAUCCACAAUGCUGGGGUUGGGAAUGUGAAGGUCGAGUGCAUUCUCCAUCCAAGUCCCAUCAAUCCGCAUGCAAACAAAGGAUGGGAGCAGAUAGUUGCUAAGCAACUAGUGGAGAUGAAUGUGAUGCAUUACUUGAACCCGGAUUCAGAUGAGGUGCAGAGAUGUAUAGAGGAAUGGGAGAGAAUAGCACUGAGCAAUGUAAAACUGCCGCCAGUGGACAAAUCAGAUUACUAGACCGGGCAGUUGAUGGGCUUGGUCUCACCUUGGACUGCAGAAGGCAAUACUCUUGUUCACUUAUGGGUAGCAGUUUUUCUGUUAACAAGUUUGUGUUAAGUGACUUGUUCAAAAUAUGGGCCAUAUUAUAUGUAUAGUACCAAGUGUAUGUUUUGUAGUUUUCGUCUGCUACAUUGUAGAGACCUUUCAUUGUUUAUUUGCUGGUAUCAUUAUAGAGUUGUGCAUGUUUUUAACAUAAUAUACAAACUAAUUAUUUUACUUUACGUUCUUAAUGUUAGGUAUGAAUAAAUAAUUGUAGCUAAUUUUUGUAUUAGCAUUAUUGAACUGUUAUUUUUAUACUUUCAUUUUUCUCCAGUGCUCUUUAGAAAAGCAAGGCUAUCUUUGCUGUGUGCAUUGUUUACUUGUAGAGCAUUAAGCUAAGCUGCGUUAUCAGUUUAAAUAGUGUCGUGGAAAUUUAACCUCUGUCUCUAAGGUGAAAGGUAUAAACUGGUGCUGUCUCAAUAUUUUACAUGUUAAUUGUACUAUUAUUUUUGGUACUUUCACAUAAGAUUUCUUUUGGUGAUUAUUCAUAAACUUACCAAUAUUUUAGAUACUUAUCUAAGUCAGGAGUGUUAUUUUUUCAUUGGGACUUAAUGAAUCAAGUGUAGAAAAACUGGAAUAGUAAAGAAUAGUAUUAUACUUUGGCAUUAUUUUUCAGUAUUGUUUCUUUAAAUAUUCAGCAGUAAUAAGCACAACACUAAAAUUAAUUUUGGCAUUGAUUUUAAAUACUGGCAAGAAACACUUUCUCCUUAUUAUUUAAAAAUACAGUUGACAUUUUGGAUAUAAAUCUCUCUACAUGUAUACGCAAACAUUUUCCUGAUCAUUUGCGUGUAAUUAAUUUUUAAAUAAUUUAAAAAAAAAAUGAUCUUUAGAAAAUUUAAAAAACACUUAGGUUUUUCAUGUUCGUUGUUCGGGGCGGGUUAAGAAACAUGCAAUAGGGUAGUUAUAUUGAACUAAUGUAGAUUGACAAAAAUAAAUGCAGGCUCACUUUGUACAGUAUUAAAUCAUUAGUUUGUAAAUCAGUGUCUGUGACCAAACUUUCAGCAUUAUAAUAUAUGACUGUAUGUUGACACAUUUUGUAUUGUACUACCUUCUUGUCUGGUACGCAGACAACAUGUCUGUAUUUUUUUCUCAAACAAUUGAAUUACAUAUAUUUACCUAAGUGUAUGCAGGUCUGUUUUUUGCAAUAGUUUAUAAUUAUUUUGAUUUGGAGAAAAACAAGUGAAGUUUUGGUUAGGAUUUCUACUCAUGUUGCGUUCUCAUUUAUUUUUGUAUACAGAAACAUGUACAUACAAUUAUUUCAUGUAACAUUAUGUUACAUGUGUAACAAGUGCCAUAUAUACUUGCAUCAUUUCGUGAUAAAGCUUCAAUAGCAUUUGCUACUUAAAAGUGGUACUAUAGUAUGUGCUGCUAGUACACAAACAACUAGCAAGGUAGCAUAAUUCUAAUUAUUUCUAAUUGUGCUAUAUUUACAUCACACAUACAGAAAUAUGACUCCUGGCCUAUCGUAUCUAACAAAAAACCAUUAAAAUUUGUCGUUGAUGAAACUGGUAGCAUCUGCAAUUAUAUUUUGCUGACAUUUUUGGUGCAUAAAAGGUUGUGACAUACACCUAUUUGUUGUUGAAGUCUUACAUUUUGUCAAUACAACUUUUGUUCAAUAUUGUGUUCACGUGUUUAACCAAAUGGCACAAUUGCUAUUUUUUGCGACAUACAGUGUAAAUAAUGACCCCAUUGUGAACAUUUGUCAAACAUGUUUUCAUACUUCCAUGUUGAGCAUUGUAAAAUUGUUGUGCUAUUUUCGAUAUUCAGUAGUUGUGGUCAUGUAUUUUUUACUUCCAAUCUCUUGUAAUUUAAAUAAUUAAAUCUGCCAUUGUGUAAAGUCUGUGUUGUGAAUUGUGGUGAAGUGUUUCACAAAUUGUUUUAAAUGAAUAAAUACUGCGUUUCUUGCCAUACUAAAAUGAUGCUCCAGAGACGUCUUACCUGACCUCAUACACAAGUAUAAAUUAAUUUCUUUGGAUUGGUCACAUAUACAUGGGCUUGUUUGAUGUCUUUCAAAGGUGCUUUGAUUAAAUUGUUUGUCUACCUUUUACGUGAGGAAUUAUUUAUUAAUGAAUACUCUAGAUUGUUUAAAUUUUGCUAAGUUGGGAAUGAACAUUUAUUUUUACAAAAUUUAAGACUGCCAAAUUGCUGUAAUUUGGAGAGAAAAAAUCUGUGUAAAUUGUGAAUUCCCAUCUUUUGUAUGAAUUUCUUACUCGGAUAUUGUCCAGCUACCGUGCUUGAUAAAAAAUCAUAUGGUUAAAUAAACAAUUGUCUUUCCGAAAACUUUAACAUUGGCCAUGACUUUUGCAAUAUUGAAGAUAGCAACUUGCUAUUUGGCAUGCAUGUGUAUCUCAUGGAGCUGCACAUUUUGAGUGGUGAAAGGUCAAGGUCAUCCUUCAAGGUCAAAAGUAAAAAAAUACAAUCCAAGGGAAGUAAUAAACUUUAUAAGGGAGAUAAUUUCUAAACCUGCCAAAUGAUAUAUUGAAAUUUUAUUUCAAAGUGGCCCAAUAGGGGGCAUUGUGUUUCUGACAAACACAUCUCUUGUUUUUUAGAAAAUUCUGAUUAAUGUUUGCAUACAAUUAUUUCAUAACUAAAUCUAUUAAAGAUAAUGAAAUAAAAUUAAUGGUAUAUAUUAAUAAUAAUAUACGUGUGUAUAAACAUAUAUGUUCAGGGUCUAUAUUAACAGUCACAUUUUGUGCUCAGGUAGUUCAGAUGCAACCUCUGCUUUCAAUGUUAAUUUAAUACAACUCAAUAAGUUAAAUGGUAGUUAACAGUUGAAAAUGUAUUUUUGAUAAAUAAAUGUUCAGCUCAAAGUUCACAUACUUAUAUGACUACUACAGAUGUUCAAAAUUGUACUUUCAAAGCUAAAGAAUAGUCGCGAGAGAUAUCUGUGGUCAGCUCUUGUUUAGUUAUAAGUAAUACUACUAUCUGACAAAUUUCAAUUUAUGAAUUAGAGCAUAUUUAAUUCUACAUUCAAUUUUUUGUUCAAUGAUGCAAAAUGAGAAAGGUGUUUCCAGGCUACAAGGGUGUGUGCACCUGAAGGUGUAUCCAAAAUGAAAUUGUUUAAGUUCUUUGAAGUACAUCAAUCAAUCUAUGGUGGUUGUGACAAUGAAUGCUGUCUCUUGUUUUUCAUUUGGUGCACUUGUUAUCAUAUUUCACUUGUUUUGAUAACUUUGUUUUAUUAUACUUGAGUACUUUGUUUCUUUUGACUAUAGGCAAUUAGCAUUUAGCUAUUAGUUUAUAAUACUGUUGCUUUUUUUGUGUCCCAUAUUGAUGUAACUGGCUUGACUAUAUUUUUAUGCUUGGUUUGCCAAUUCUGGAUCCUCCAAUUUUUAAAUCUUUAGCUCGUAAAUAAAACUUACAUAUAGAAGGCUAUUCAAGUGAUAUUCACAUUAUUUUGUGGUUUCAUUGGGAUGAAAUUGUAGUUGCUACGGUAAUAGAAAUAGAAAACUGAAAACUACAGCCUUUAUAAAUAAUAAGCACUUAAGCUUGAUUAAAUGUUUUUAUUGACAUUCAGUUUAUUUCGACAACAUUAUAAGGGCAUUAUAUAACGGGACUUAUGUUUUGUCUGUGACAAAGACCUUGUUUUGUUAAAUUUAUUUCAUUUGUAUAAGCAUGUCUCAAAGAAGAUUGUUAUUGUUAUGCUAAUUUUUCAAGGUAUACACAACUAGCCAAAAAAGGAUUUGUUCUUAUGUGUGUUAAUGAUUUUGAUAAAUUUCUUGUUAGUGUGUUUAUCCGUUUACUUUUUUGAAAGUAAAGCUGUUCUUUUUUGUAUAUUUUUAUGCUUAAAUCAAAAUAGUCUAAUCUGGUCUUUAGUUUUAGUGAUCAUAUGUGUACAUGUUUAUGGCGUCACUCUUUUUUUAAAGGUGCUAACUGAACAACUUGUUGAAUAUAUGUCUUUGUGUCAUUGAGUAUGUCUGUGUCUUUGUGUCAUUGAGUAUGUCUGUGUCUGUACUUAAAUGUUGUCAUUGUUGUUUUUUGUGUGUAUUAUUUUUUAGAUCUUUUCCUGUAAGCUGACUUUUUGUGCGGAUUGCAUUGAUAUUUGUAUGAAGUGCUGGGUAUCAAUACAGCCUACUUGCUAUGCUAACAGGAUAUUCAUGUAAAUUGUUGAUCGACAGUUACAUCUGUUAGCAUCCAUACAUGUAUACAUGCAGUUGAGCAGGCUGUUAAAUACUAGGUAUAUGUUACAGUUUUUACAAACUUUAACUCCAGUGCAAAAAGAAUAUUGGCACUACCGGUAUUCAAGAACUUUUCUAUGACUUAUUAAAACUUUUACCAGCCUUCCCCAAAUUUAUUACUUUUAUAAUUUGCCUUGAAUCAUGCAAGUGAUUCACAUAUUUUGAAUAGACAAGCACUUUUCUUACAACCACAAGGAGAUGUAUGCUCUUAGGUUUUUCAUAUCACUUAUACCACAAUACUGAAUGCAUUCCCUAUAUAGCUUUCAGCUACUGCCCAUACAUUGUGUCUGUCUUAAUACAAUUCUACAUUUGUUUUCUCUAUAAAUUUAACUGGUUAUAGAUGAAUUGAGUGCAACGAGCUCAUCUGCUUAUGACAAUAGUGGAAACAGUGACUACCAGUGUGCAAUUAUACUCACAAUGCUAGGUAUAACAGUUGAGACAAAUAUUGAAUGUCCACAGUAAUUUGUCAACGUUUUAUAUUUAAUUAAUUUGAACUUAAAUCUUGGGCUUUUAUCAUAUGAGAAAAAGAAGACACAGACAAAUUUAAUUUUGGUUUAGUGAUUCCAUAAUUGAUGAGACAAUCUCAUCAAUAUGUUUAGUUUGCUUCCAGAUAUAUGUGUGGGUUUGUUGUGUACCUGUUUUUACCAUUUCCAUUUUGCAUGUUCGCUGGGUCUUUCAUUUAUUUUGCCUUUUGUUACUUUAAUGUUUUUGUUUUCCCCAUUUACAGUUUUGUUGAUCUGAUGUAAAAUCCUCUUUUUACAUUUAUUUGUUUUCUGCAACAUUGUGCUGUAUUUUAUUUUUUAGCGUUUAUAAUUUUAUUGAUCAAAAUGCUUUUUUUUAUCAACAUCAUACUAUUUUAAUAAUAAUUUAUUUUAAAACAUAUAUUUUAACACACACAAAAUCUGAUAAUUGUGAUUAUGGGAAGCCAUAGUAAAUAGCUCCUGAUAUGUAAUUGCUGCAAGUAUAUUUUAUAAAAAGCCAUUCUUGCUUUUUGUGGGUUUUUAUGCCCGUUUUCGAAGAAAAGGGCGCAUAUAGUUAUCAGACUAUCUGUCUGUCCGUCUUUCCAUCACACUUUGCGUUUAGGUUUUGAAAAAUGCUCAUGACUUCUAUGUCCCUUGAGAUAUAACCUUCAUAUUUGGUAUGCAUGUGUAUAUGGACAAGGCUUUCCAUACGCACAAAUUCUUAUGCCCCCUUUCGAAGAAAAGGGGGCAUAUAGCGAUCGGACUGUCCGUCUGUCUGUCUGUCCGUCUCUCUGUCAGUCCGUCUUUCCGUCACACUUUGCGUUUAGGUUUUGAAAAAUGCUCAUAACUUCCAUGUCCCUUGAGAUAUAACCUUCAUAUUUGGUAUGCAUGUGUAUAUGGACAAGGCCUUUCCAUACGCACAAUUUUUUUUACCCCUGUGACCUUGACCUUGAACUUAAGGUCCGCGUUUUGGUUUUGAAAUCUGCGUUUAGGUUUGGAAAAAUGCUCAUAACUUCUAUGUCCCUUGAGAUAUAACCUUCAUUCAUAUUUGGUAUGCAUGUGUAUAUGGACAAGGCAUUUAGGUUUCGAAAAAUGCUCAUUACUUCUAUGUCCCUUGAGAUAAAGCCUUCAUAUUUGGUAUGCAUGUGUAUAUGGACAAGGCCUUUCCAUACGCACAGAAAUUUUGACACCCUUGACCUUGAACUUAGGGUCUGUGUUUAAGUUUCGAAAUCUGCGUUUAGGUUUCGAAAAAUGCUAUAACUUCUAUCAAAGCGUUUAUAGGGGGCAUAUGUCAUGGUGACAGCUCUUGUUUUAUAAUGAGAAUCCUUAAUUCAAGUGUUCAAGGUCACACUUUGAGGUUAAAGGUCUAAUUAAAAAAUUCCUGUGUCAGACAUAGUUUUGCCAUAUACUGGCGGACUAAAAACUUUGCAGAAAUGUAUGCAAUCAAUAUACAACAACAUGUUUCUUACAAUACCUGUCAACCUUCCUCAAAGGUCGGGUCACACUUAAAGUUCAAAGUGAAAAUUUUCCAUUAAGACAGCUUGAAAAUUCCUGUCUCAUCCAUAACUUGCAGCAUAUUGAUGGAUUCAAAUAGCUUGACACAAACGCAACAAUCAUUAGACCAUGUAUUGGGAAUAACACCUAUCUUUUUGCCUUAAAGGUCAUGGUCACAAUUGGAGGUAAAAGAUUGACUUGAAAAAUCCUGCCCUUAGCCAUUACUUUUUCAUAUAUAGAUGGAUAAACUUUUUAAGACAAUGUGUCAUGUGUAACAACUGUCUCCAUACUUCAAAGGUGGAGGUCAUUUUUAGAGGUCAAUGCUGAAAUUUAAAGCAAAAUAGAUUGUGGGCAUAUGUCGACAUUUGCCUUGUUUUUAGUAUCAACUUUAAACAUAUUCAGGAUGUGUCAUCGGGGUAUUUUCUUUGUCACUAUUGUGGCAAGCUAUAGUUUACUGGUACUAAUAGCUAAAUGAUUUAUGAUAAAAGUAUACAGACAGCACAUUUUAUUGUACAACAGCACAGCAAAAGAUAUUUUAUCAGUUUUAGCCUAUUUCUUUUAUAAAUGUUACUGAGUACAGUAAAAUAGUGUUUCAUUUACUAGAAGCGAUGAGGAGAAUAUUAUUGUAUUUUCCAUUUUAUAAAUGCAUGACGGGUCUUUUAAUGUUAUUUUUUUAAAUGUUUGAUUCUCUUUUUAGCUCACCUGAGCACAACGUGCUCAUGGUGAGCUUUUGUGAUCGACUUUUGUCCGUCUUGCGUUAUGCGAUGUCAACAUUUGCCUUGUUCACCCUCUAGAGGCCACAUUUAUUUUCCAAUCUUCAAGAAAUUUUGUCAGAAGAUAGGUCUCAAUGAUAUCUUGGAUGAGUUCGAAAAUGGUUACUUUUGCUUGAAAAACAUGGCUUCCAAGGGGCGGGGCAUUUUUUCUAAUAUGGCUGUAUAUGGCUAUAGACAAAUCUUGUUAAAACUCUAGAGGCCACAUUUAUUGUCUGAUCUUAAUGAAACGUGGUCAGAAGAUUCAUCCCAAUAAUAUCUUGGACGAGUAUGAAAAUGAUGUCGGUUGGUUGAAAAACAUGGCCGCCAGGGGGCGUGGCAUUUUUCCUUAUAUGGCCAAAGUAAAACCUUCUUAACACUCUAGAGGCAACAUUUAUUUUCCGAUCUUCAUGAAACUUGCUCAGAUGAUUUGUCCCAAUGAUACCGUGAAUGAGUUCAAAAAUGGUAACCUUGGCUUGAAAAACAUGGCUGCCAAGGGGCGGGGCAUUUUUCCUUAUAUGGCUAUAUAUGGCUAUAGUAAAAUCUUGUUAACUUUCUAGUUUGCUAAAUCUUCAUGAAAUUUGGUCAGAACAUUGGUUUCUUGUGUAGUCGAGUUUGGUUUUAUUAUGCCAAUAUUAUGUGACAUUAACUGUAUUAUGUAAUUUUUCAUAACACAGAAUUUUCAUAGUUAACAUAACUGUUUUAGUCAUUAACACUUAUGAUAAGCCUUUCAACUAAGAGAUAACUGAAAGAAAGACAACAUGUACAUGAUUUUUCAGUAUUUAUGCAGAAUUUAUCUCCAUUGUUUAACCUGGUUCAGUAAUCUAUUUUUAGUUCUGCUCUGGAAUUUGGGAAGAUAUUGAUCAUUGAUAAGGUCAGAAUACACUAAAUAGUUUCCCUAUAUAAUUCAAUGUGAAAACAACAACUUUAGGCCAAAAUAAAUGCAACAUUUUGCACAUAGAGACCCCAAUAACCAUACCUUUUCUUAAAGGCCAUUCUAAGCGGAAUCGAUUUAUGCAAUAAAAAAGAUAUGUCAUGUUCAAUGCAAGAAAGAACUUGACACAAAUCAAAAUUGACUGUUUUUGCAACUUUUUUUUUCGGCCGUUUCUUAGUGGAGUGUAACCUUUUUUUAGUGCGAUGGUUUACUAUAGUCUUCCAAGUUUAUCAUAUUUCAGGGAUUCAGUAGUGAACACAUAUUCAUGCCCUACCAUUAUCUCCGAAAGAUAACACCCGAAUACUAGAUAAAAGUGUAAAACAUGCCUUCCUGUCAACUAUGGUAUUUUUUUUAGAGAGUACAGCCUUCAUGAAACGGUUAUUUAGUGUACUGUAACCAUAAAUGCACUGUUCUGAGGGAAAAUUGACUACUCUGCAAUUGAUCUCUUCUGAACUGUUUAAAAUAAGCUGUUUUGGCCGAUUUAAACACCUUGAUGCAUUCGUGAAAAGUUAACAGCUCUUGAAAAAGGUUGGAAUUUUGAAAUAAUUAAACUCUAAUAAAAAACAGAGGCGUCAAAGUUCAGGAUUAUGCCUGAAAUCAGGAUUUUGGCCCUUAAGGACCAAUUUUGAUAUUGAUAUAAAUCAGAGAAUUUUUUUCUGGAAUUUUAAGAUUAUUGUCACAAAAUGUCAUCUUAAACACCAGCAUCAAGACAUUUUUACAUUAUUUUCUAAAUUCUUCUUAUUAUGUAGAU